AUGGAAUUUGCUUUCAUAGUUGACAUUUUACGUGGAUGGAUAUACGCCUAUCAUGAUAAUCAGCCCAUCGCUAAUGAUAGGUUUCUCCAUUGGUGUUACAGGAUCUGGUUACUUAAUCCUAGGAAGUUGGAACUUGUAGCUGUGGCUGCUGUCCCAUUGGCUAAUAUUAUCCAGUGGGAGUAUUUAAGGUGGAUUAAUAUUGUUCGGGCUAUGAGAGGAAAGGAGCUAUUAGAGAAACUUGAAAAAGUUGAAAGCUUCAACUAUGCUUUCAUCAUGUUCAUAAAGAUCAUGGCUAUCCAGUUAUACUGCAUACACACAACUGGAUGCAUGUUUUAUCAACUUGCCACAGAUUUUGAAGGUCUUCCUCAAAUAUAUCAAACUUGGAUGUCAGAUAUCCAAAUUGGCAACCAAAAUCUCUCAGGACUCGGGAAUGUGCAGAAAUACAUUGCAUCGACCUAUUUUGCCACUGUCACACUGUCCACCGUUGGCUAUGGAGACAUUCACGCAACUAAUCUGACUGAGAUGGUAGCUUUGGCAUGUCUAAUCAUCGUUAGCUUAACUGUGUGGACCUACUUAGGUGUCCAACUAGCAAACCUCUUUGGGAGAAGAUCGAAGAAGCAAAUAGUUGGAGAGAAGAUGGAUAAUCUGGAGAAGUAUCUGAAAGAAGCCAAAAUUGCUGAGAAUUUAGCUGAAGACAUCAGAGGUCAUAUGCAGAUGAAAUACAGUGAUGAUUACGAUAGGAAAAUUCUUGAAGAUGUUCCAGCUUGUCUCAUAGCCAAGCCGCAUAAUUCAUCAUUUACUAGCCCAUUCUUGCACGUACACAGUAAUCAUUACACAUCACGUUUCACGAUAAAUAAAAAUUUCAAUGAAAGCAUUAUCAGGAGUGUCUCUCUAUUCAACGGAUGUUCACCUGAAUUUUUUAAGCAUCUGGCUAGUGGGGCUCAACAAGAUUUUCAUCCCCCAGGAUGCACAGUCUUAAAAGAAGGAAAUAUUGUGAGCCAACUACACAUCUUAUACAAAGGAGGCUUGGAACUAUUGCAAGGAGAAACUGUACAUCCACCUCUUAGAAGGCCUACUACAGUAUUCGGAUUAGAAUCAUUUGUCUUGAAUGAACCUCUUCCACAUACUAUCCGAACCUACAAGGGGAGAGAUCCUGCUUUUGUUGAGAGGCUAUUGCAGUCGGUAUUUGGUAUUCAAAUGCAAAAUGAUGUGAUCAGGAAGGCAUCUUUGCUCAACCAUGCAAUAUUUUUUGAUGAUCUUGAGAAGGUUAAAAAGUUGAUCCACUGGGGAGUAAGCGUGGAUUCUGUCGAUUAUAACAACAUAAAACCAUUGGAUUUUGCAAUCAAUACAGGAAAUACAGAGAUCAUCAAAUUCCUCAUGAGUGUAGUAGCAGAAACGAACACUACAGGGAUAGAUCAAGAACAUGCUGAUUAA